AAAACGUCACAGAUGGAACGUAUCGCGCUUGAUAACCCAAUGGUCAGUUCUACAUUAGUGUUUGAAUCAGCUCCACGCGAGUGUUUCUUAACGAACUGGUAGUUGAAAAAUAGUUAUAAAAGAGAUUUGUUUAACACAAUAAGUGGAUCAGGUGAUCUAAAUCUACAAUGCCCAACAACACAGGUCACAAAGGAACAUUCAGUACAUUAAUCUUUUUUGUCAAUGGAAAGGAGGUCGUAGAUGACAAGGUCGACCCAGAAUGGACAUUAUUAUGGUACUUGAGAAAUAAACUACACCUAACUGGAACGAAAUUGGGCUGCGCGGAAGGUGGUUGCGGCGCUUGCACAGUAAUGAUCUCAAAGCUAGAUCGUCAGACAGGGAUUAUUACACACUUGGCAGCGAAUGCAUGUUUAACACCAGUCUGUGCUGUGUACGGUUUAGCGGUGACCACAGUGGAGGGCAUCGGUAGCGUUAAAACAAAGCUUCAUCCUGUACAGGAACGCAUAGCAAAAGCUCAUGGCUCGCAAUGUGGCUUUUGUACUCCUGGAAUUGUCAUGUCCAUGUACGCGUUGCUGCGAAACACCCCGAAACCCACUAUGAAGGAUCUUGAAAUUGCAUUUCAAGGAAACUUAUGCAGGUGCACCGGAUAUCGUCCGAUCAUAGAAGCCUACAAAACGUUUACUGAAGAAUGGGAACAGAUGCAAUUAAUGUCGAAUCACCAAGAGAAAUCCACGUCGAACGGAGUCUGUCCAAUGGGCGAGAAUUGUUGCAAAAGAAUACCUAUAGCAGAACCAACCGAGGUUUUCGAUACGAAAGAAUUCCGUCCGCACGAUCCGUCGCAAGAAAUUAUAUUUCCGCCCAAAUUACGCAUCUCAUCGCAUAUAGACGAGGAAUAUUUAGUUAUAAGAGGAAAAUCUGUCACUUGGUACAGACCUAGAACGCUUUCUGAGUUACUUGAAUUGAAGAGUGAACAUCCAAAUGCAAAAAUUAUCGUAGGGAACACUGAAAUAGGUGUUGAGGUCAAGUUCAAACAUUUGUCCUAUCCAGUUCUUAUACACCCCAUUAUGAUCGACGAAAUGCGAUCGAUCGAAGAACACAAAGGAAUGUUGCGCGUGGGCGCGAGCACGACGCUUGUUGAAAUGGAAAAAGCAUUAAAACAACAAAUUAGCGAAAAAUCUGAACACGAAACAAGAAUUUUCGGUGAAAUAAUUAACAUGCUUCAUUGGUUUGCUGGCAAACAAAUCAGAAAUGUAGCUGCUAUUGGAGGAAACAUAAUGACAGGAAGUCCUAUAUCUGACCUGAAUCCAGUUUUCAUGGCAGCAGGUGUACAGUUAAAUCUCGUUAGCUCGAAAAAUGGAAACAGAGUCGUACCAAUGGACCACACCUUUUUCAAGGGCUACCGACAAAAUAUUGUGUUACCUGAUGAGAUUUUACUUGCUAUUCAGAUACCAUUUACUAAAGAGAAUCAGUAUUUUGUAGCUUAUAAACAAGCAAGAAGACGAGACGAUGAUAUUGCCAUUGUGAACAUGGCGUUAAAUGUAUUUUUCGUACCUCGUACUAACAUUGUGGAAAAAGUAAACUUGGCGUUCGGUGGAAUGGCUCCGACUACAGUUCUGGCAAGGAAAACUUCUGAUAUCAUGAUUGGAAGGAAGUGGGAUCAAACCAUUUUGGAGGAUGUAUAUUCUUCGUUAGUGGAUGAAUUUCCUCUUCCGGACGACGUUCCUGGUGGUAUGGUCAAGUAUCGUAAAACUCUGACUCUAAGUUUGUUCUUCAAGGGAUUUUUACACAUAGCCGAAAAACUUCAGGCACGAUCAGAUUCGCCAUUGUUGCCAAAGGAACUUAGAAGCGCCGCGGAAGGUUUUCACGAUAAAGAACCAAAAAGUUCGCAAUACUAUCAAGUGGUGCCAAAAGUCCAGGAAGCGAAUGAUUUAAUCGGGAGGCCAGUUGUACACGCGAGCGCUUUUAAACAAGCGACUGGAGAAGCGAUUUAUUGCGAUGAUAUACCAAAGUUCACCAAGGAACUUUAUUUGUCUUUUGUCUUAUCUACCAGAGCUCAUGCGAGAAUCUUGAAAAUCGAUGCGACCAAAGCAUUAUCCAUGGAAGGCGUUGUAGCCUUUUACAGCGCGGAGGAUUUAUCCGAGAAACAUCGUUACUAUGGUCCUGUGUUUAUGGACGAAGAAAUCUUCGUAUCGGAGGAGGUCACUAGUCAGGGGCAACCAAUCGGUGCGAUUGUCGCAGUCGAUCAACAUAUUGCACAGAAAGCGGCCAGAAUGGUUGAAAUCGAAUAUGAAAAUAUUGAGCCAGUAAUUAUUACGAUAGAGGACGCAAUUAAACAUCGUUCCUUCUUCACCGAGACUCCAAAACAUAUAAGAAAGGGCAAUCCUGAGGAGGCUUUCUCACAAUCAACGCAUAUUCUGGAAGGAGAAAUUCGAAUUGGGGGACAGGAACAUUUUUACCUUGAAACACAGGCUGUUUUGGCGGUUCCAAGGGAAGAAGAUGAAUUGGAAAUAUUUUGCUCCACGCAGCAUCCCACGGAAAUACAGAAACACGUGGCGCACAUGUUGAACGUUCAUGCCAAUAAGAUUGUGGUAAGAGUGAAAAGAAUAGGUGGUGGUUUUGGUGGGAAGGAAUCACGAGCUUCAGUGGUCGCUCUGCCUGUUGCACUUGCUGCUCAUAGAUUAGGGAGACCAGUACGUUGUAUGCUAGACAGAGAUGAAGAUAUGAUGCUGACUGGAACAAGACAUCCAUUUUUGUUUAAGUAUAAAGUUGGGUUCCAUGACAGUGGCUUGAUCAAAGUUAUGGAAGUUUACAUUUAUAAUAAUGCUGGUUUCUCACGAGAUCUUUCUUUGGCGAUUGUGGAUCGUGCUAUGUUCCAUUGUGAAAAUUCUUAUAAGAUACCAGUAUGCGAUAUCUAUGGUUUCGUGUGUAAAACUAAUUUACCAUCCAAUACCGCGUUCCGUGGUUUUGGAGGUCCACAAGGAAUGUUUGUAGCAGAGACCAUUGCCAGACAUAUUGCAGAAUACUUAAAGAUAGACCCUGUUAAGGUUUCAGAGUUAAAUUUGUAUAAAGAGGGAGACUCGACACAUUAUAAUCAAAAACUUAGUAAUUGUACUUUAAAACGUUGCUGGGAAGAGUGUUUCUUAUCGUCUAAUUAUACUGAAAGACUGGCAAAAAUCCAACAGUAUAACAGACAAAAUAAGUGCAAAAAAAGAGGAUUGGCGAUAGUUCCGACCAAGUUUGGCAUUUCCUUUACUGUACCGUUUUUAAAUCAGUCGGGGGCGCUUGUGCAUGUUUAUACGGAUGGUUCUGUUCUGAUUAGUCACGGUGGUGUCGAGAUGGGACAGGGUUUACAUACAAAAAUGAUACAAGUAGCGAGUAGAGUAUUAAAAAUAAAACCAGAAAUGAUACAUAUCAUGGAGACUGCUACAGACAAAGUACCAAACACGUCUCCAACUGCAGCCAGUGCUGCAUCAGAUCUCAAUGGUAUGGCUGUUUUGAAUGCCUGUGAAAAAAUUAUGAAACGAUUGAAGCCAGUAAUAGAUAAAAAUCCAACCGGAACGUGGAAGGAGUGGGUAUCAGCAGCGUAUUUGGAAAGGAUCAGCCUUUCUUCUACUGGUUUUUAUAAAACGCCAAAUAUAGGAUACUCAUUUGAAACUAAUUCUGGGAAUCCGUUUAAUUACUUCACAUACGGUGUCGCGUGUUCGGAAGUAGAGAUUGACUGUUUGACUGGUGACCAUCAAGUAUUGCGAACAGAUAUUGUAAUGGACUUAGGUGAAAGUCUUAAUCCUGCUAUCGAUAUCGGACAAGUGGAGGGUGGUUUUAUGCAAGGGUAUGGUCUCUUUACUCUUGAAGAAAUGGUGUAUUUGAGGAAUGGUGCCCUUUUUAGUAGAGGACCAGGAGCAUACAAAUUGCCUGGUUUCGCGGAUAUUCCCGAACUAUUUAAUGUGUCCUUAUUGAAAGGAGCUCCAAAUCCCAGAGCUGUUUAUUCGUCCAAGGCUGUUGGGGAACCACCAUUGUUCCUUGCUUCUUCCGUUUUCUUCGCUAUAAGAGAAGCCAUUAAAUCAGCUCGCGAAGAAGUUGGUUUAAACGGUUACUUCAGAUUUGAUUCUCCAGCAACUGCAGCGCGUAUUCGGUUGGCAUGCGUUGAUGAGCUCACAAAGAAGAUUGCAGAGCCGGACUUAAAUUGUCAGUGGAAUAUAGUUCCGUAA